UUGAUACUCUUUUGCUUGAAAUAGCACAAGUUGGUAAAUAAGAAUGUGUUGUACUACCAAAACCAAAGAGAAGCAGAAAUCGACUUCAUGAUAUACGAACGCUCAGCCCCAUCACCCGAACAACAGAAUCAUCUGGAAAAAGUGCAAGAUGCACUUGAUUCAACUAUGCCGUGGAUAGGAACGUAUAUUGCAGCAGCUUCUGCCAUCUGCGCACUUGCAAUGGUGGCUGAUGUAAUCAGUGGCUUCAGAAGGAAAAAGUAUUGGCUCCCGUUCAUUCAGUAUCUUGGAGUGGUAAUGGGAAGUAUUGCUCCUCUGAUGAGAUGGUUCGCUGCUUCGAGGUUCAAGAUUUCUGAGAUAGAACGGAAGAGUUUUAGAGAUGAAGUCAAGGUUGAAAAGUACUGGACUUGGAGGCUGGUAGAGUGGAGAGACAAAUCACUUCCUUUUCAACUUCAAAACCGCGUAUGCAAGAAGCUGCUUCGUGAUGUAGUAAGAUUCAUUCUGAACUUUUGCAUUAAAGUUCAGAGCCUCUUUGUUUUAGCUAGCAAACUGGUUCUAUUCCUCUCUGCUAGAUUUUUUUGUGCAGUUUUCUUGUGUUUCUGCAAGAAGAAUAGACCUAUUUUAGUGCAAGGAUCCGACUCAAGAGAAGGAGUACAAGUGGAUUUUAGGCAAUUUGUUCUUCUACUUGAAGGUGAGCCACAGUUGCCUUCUAAAAUCCUCAAGAACAUCUGCAAUGACGCAGAUAAGCUGAUAAAAGUAGGGCAAAAAAAGCAGCCCAAGAAUAUGAUCCAACUUCUUAACAAAUCUUCAAACUUCAAUGGUGUGGGACAAUUCGACAGCAACCAAAUUCCAAGCUUGCAUGCUCAAGAACCUCCCAAUUGUUGGUCUCUGCCCGUGGUGACUUUGACAGCCAUUUCAAUUGCUCUUACGAACAUUGCAUAUGAGAAGGCUCUCCAAUUAUUGGUUUGUAUUCGUGAGGGCUUACCCAUUGUGAAGCUUAUUGAGGAAACUCUGGACAGAAAUGGAGAGUUAGAAAGCAUCAGAAAAGCAGCAGAUGCGGUUUGGGAUGAAGUUGAACUAGACAGAAAAUGGGAUGGCACUGAUUUGAAGAGCGCAAGAGUGAGAGGCGCAACACACAAGGAAACGCUUCAAAACCUUUCUAAUAUUGCAGAAAAGAUUGUGACAGAGUGUAUGGCUCAAUCGAUAGAUAUUCUAAUGCAGAACCCUCUAAACUGGCCUGUUAGAGUUAUAGCUGCUAACUCAAUGUACAGGAUUACUCAGACGAUCUUGCUAGGAAUGGGAGAUGGCGAGGACAAAGAUGAUGGCGAGGACCAAGAUGAUGACGAGGACCAAGAUGAUGAUGAGCUGUUUGAGAGUAUAUCCAUCACUAUCUCGGAUAUACUAGCAGCAUGCCUCACCAAUCUAGUGCAAGUCAUAACAUUGAAGUGUCACAGAAACGGCAUAAGAGAAAGGGAAGAAAGUGUGAGGCGAGCAGCAAUUCUUCUUGGUGAAAGCAAGGAGAUUUUUGAAAUUCUGCAGCAGCGUGAGCUUCCGAGUUUGGAUGUGGAUAAAGCUGCUAAGAUUGACGAGUGGAGGGCAUCCAUGGCACUGGAUAUAGUAUAGUCUCAUUUUCAUGUUGUGUAUCUAAUUUCACUUAUAUGAUGUUUCUUAUCAUGCAUGGUUAUGACUCUAUCUGUUUUGAGAUUUCACUUGCAAUAUAAAAAUAUGUUCUUAUCAAA